CGGGUGGCGUUUCUUAUUGGCGCGCUGUUGAAGCUGAGCGGUCGCCAUGGAGCUUUCGGGCGAGUACGUCGGUUAUGACGGGGAGCCGCAUCGGCUACAAGUGUCCUGUGAGGCGUCGGGAGACGCGGACCCUCUCCAGAGCUUGUCGGCGGGCGUGGUCCGGAUGAAGGAGUUGGUAGCGGAGUUCUUCGGGACCCUAGUGGAGCAGGACGCGCAGGGCGUGGCGGAAGAUCCGGACGACGCUUUGGAGGGCUCCCGGACGUCUGCGUGUUAAAACGACAUCGCUGUGAGCAGCGGUGGUGGUGGCAGCUGCGCCCUGGUCGAAUUACGAUUUAAAUACUCUGGGCACCAUGACACUGAGACUCUUAGAAGACUGGUGCCGAGGGAUGGAUAUGAACCCUCGGAAAGCACUAUUGGUUGCCGGCAUUCCUCCGACCUGCGGAGUAGCAGACAUCGAGGAGGCCCUACAGGCUGGCCUUGCUCCAUUAGGGGAACACAGACUGCUUGGGAGGAUGUUCAGGAGAGAUGAGAACAAGAAUGUAGCCUUGAUUGGGCUUACAGUAGAGACUGGCAGUGCCCUGGUCCCCAAGGAGAUACCUGCAAAAGGAGGUGCCUGGAGAGUGAUCUUUAAGCCUCCUGAUGCUGAUAAUGACUUUUUAUGCAGAUUAAAUGAGUUUUUAAAGGGAGAGGGUAUGACAAUGGGUGAAUUAACUAGAGUUCUUGGGACUCGGAAUGACCCUCUCAGCCUAGACCAGGGCAUAAUGACCCCUGAAAUUCGAGCACCCAUGUUAGCCCAGGCAAUAGAUGAGGCUCUUAAGCCUACCCUGCAGUAUCUGAGGUACAAAAGGCUGAGUGUGUUCUCAGGCAGGGAUCCUCCAGGACCAGGUGAGGAGGAAUUUGAAUCUUGGAUGUUUCAUACUACCCAAGUAAUGAAAACAUGGCAGGUGUCAGAUGUAGAGAAAAGAAGGCGGUUGAUAGAGAGCCUGAGAGGCCCAGCAUUUGAAAUUAUUCGAGUCCUCAAGAUAAACAACCCCUUCAUUACAGUUUCGGAAUGCCUGAAGACACUUGAAACGAUAUUUGGGAUUAUUGAUAAUCCUAGGGCAUUGCAGGUCAAAUACCUUACUACUUACCAGAAGGAUGAUGAAAAGCUAUCUGCCUAUGUUCUAAGGUUGGAGCCUCUACUACAGAAACUGGUACAGAAAGGAGCAAUUGAGAAAGAAGUUGUGAAUCAGGCCCGUCUAGACCAAGUCAUUGCUGGGGCAGUCCACAAGUCAGUUCGAAGAGAGCUUGGACUGCCGGAGGGUAGCCCAGCCCCAGGCUUACUGCAGUUGCUGACACUGAUAAAAGAUAAGGAGGCAGCAGAGGAAGAGGCCCGUCUUCAGGCUGAAUUAGAAGGCUAUUUCACUUGACCCAAGACCAGCACGGCUGUCAUCAUGAGCAGAACAUGAUGGAGGAGCUCACUGCAGUGAUCAGCUCAUCCCCACUUUGUGCUGCCAAAGUAACUUGCCCUUUGUCGUGUUCACCCUAUUGAAUGUCUCCCCAAUGUUUUACUGAUAUAAAUGAUGUCAUUCUACGUUGAUAAGUAUUUAAAUCAAAAGAUCAUUCUGCUAGUACAGUGUUAGAAAGCCAACGUUUAUGUGCAUGUUUAGUAGUCAAAUGCGAUGGUGCUGUCGGUUAUCAGUAGUUUCAGCUGUUGCCCACGUUUAUGCUGAACCCUGAGCCAGGGCUGGCUAAGAUAUCUAGAGUUUCUUUUAUUUUAAAUCAGUUAUUGAUUCUCUGCAAUCAAAAAGCACAACUGAAUGCUGUGGUUAGUUCUACAGCUAUCUUUAGGUUUGUGAUGGAUCUGAUGU